AUGCAACAACAAUGGCAAGCAAGCCUGAGUUCCAGGCUCGCUUCCAUGGCCCAGACCUGUCUCUCCAUGAGACAGCUCAAGCAAAUCCACGCCCGCGCAAUCCUCUCCAAUCUCCACAACCACGCCGUCGUCCUCGGCAAGAUGUUCCGCUUCGCCGCGGUCUCACCCUCCGGCGACUUAAACUAUGCCCACCAACUGUUCGAUCAAAUGCUCCAACCAACCACUUUCUUCUACAACCUCCUCAUCCGGGGUCACUCCAAAAGCUGGUCCCCGUGGCUUUCAGUGGUUCUAUUCAACAAGAUGAGACUGAACUCAGUCGAUCCGGAUGAGUUCACCUUCACAUUUCUGCUGAAAUCGCGUUCGAAUAUGAGAGUGAACAUGGGAAAUGAUGAGAUACAUGGGGCUGUGAUGAAGUCUGGAUUUUCUUUGCACUUGUAUGUGCAGAACUCGUUGAUUCAUUUGUAUGCGGGGAGAGGGAUUCCCAGUGCGGCUAGGAGAGUGUUUGAUGAGGCUGUGGCUGCUGAUGUUGUGUCAUGGUCGGGUUUGGUUAUUGCUCAUGUGAGGGCCAAUGAGUUGGAUUUGGCAAGGCGGGUGUUUGAUGAAAUGCCUGAGAGGGAUGUUGUUUCGUGGACUACCAUGAUAUCGGGGUAUUCACAAGCUAAGUGUUCAAGGGAAGCGCUCACGUUGUUUUGGAAGAUGAAUUGUGAGGGAGUGAUGCCGGAUGAGGUUACGAUGGUGAGUGUGAUAUCAGCCUGCACGGAUUUAGGAGAUGUUCAGACCGGGAUAAGCAUCCACCGGUUUAUUGAGGAGAAUGGAUUUGCUUGGAUGGUUUCGCUCUGCAAUGCGCUGAUUGACAUGUAUGCAAAGUGUGGGUGCAUGGACCGAGCAUGGCAACUGUUUGAUAGCAUGAGCCAGAAGAGCUAUAUUACAUGGAAUUCUAUGAUUUCAGCUUGUGCAAACCAUGGCAAUGCUGAUGAUGCAUUUGGGUUGUUUGAGUGUAUGGUUAGUGCUGGUGUUCCACCUGAUGGGGUCACAUUCUUGGCCCUUUUAGUUGCUUAUACACACAAAGGGUUGGUGGAUGAAGGGCUCAGGCUAUUUGAGAGAAUGCAAAGGGAGUACAGAAUCGAGGCUUGCAUUGAGCAUUAUGGGUGUGUGGCAGAUAUGUUAGGCAAGGCAGGGCGAUUGGAGGAAGCAUACAGAUUAAUUAGUCGCAUGCCGAUUCCAGGUAACGAUGUUGUUUGGGGAACACUGCUUGCAGCUUGUAGAUCUUAUGGCGAUGUUGAUAUGGGUGAGAAGGUUGUAAAGAGGCUAAUAGAGCUGAAACCGGAUGAAGGUGGAUACUAUAUUCUCCUUCGCGAUAUUUAUGUUGCAGCAGGAAGGAUGGCAGAAGCUAAUGAUAUGAGGCAGACAAUGAUGGAUAAUGGUGCUAGUAAGACUCCCGGAAGAAGUUGGGUCGGAGCAUAAGGCUUACAUCCAAAUGCUUCCGCAGAACUGCACAUACCUACCUCCUGCAUUGAUGGUUAUGGAUCUUAGAGACCAAG